ACAAUAGCGACAAUUCCCUUUGGCGCGCCUCAUCCAAAUCUCAACCUAACACUCCUCUCUCUCUCUCUCUUCAUUCUUGAUUCUUCAACCUCAAGCAAAAUCUCAGAGGGCGAAACCCUAACUCCACUGCCAUGGAGGUCAUUCCUCUACACCACAGCUGCACCUGGCUCCCGAUUCUCUCCCGCGGCUCCUCGAUUUCGCGGCGGAGGAGUUAUUCCAGGGUUUCGCCUGGAUCCAUUCGCCGGAGAAAUGUGUGCCUGGCCUCCGGCUCCGAGACAUUGAUCGGGUCACGUAAGGAGGAAGGCAAGCGUCGCAAGGCCGUGAACGAGAGAGACGAGGCCGAGGACUUGAAAUCGUGGAUGCACAAGAAUGGGCUGCCGCCGUGCAAGGUUGUGCUCGAGGAACGACCGUCGUAUGAUGAGAAGCACAGCGCUAUUCACUACGUAGCUGCUAGUGAAGAUCUUGAGGUUGGUGAUGUUGCAUUUGCGGUGCCGAAUUCGCUAGUUGUGACUCUGAAGAGAGUGUUGGGGAACGAAACUAUAGCGGAAUUGUUAACUACAAACAAGUUAUCCGAAUUGGCAUGCUUGGCACUCUAUUUGAUGUAUGAGAAGAAACAAGGGAAGAAGUCAUUUUGGUAUCCGUACAUCAGAGAACUUGAUCGUCAGCGAGGGAGAGGUCAGUUAGCGGUGGAGUCUCCCCUCUUAUGGUCGGAGACCGAGCUGGAUUAUCUUAUCGGCAGCCCCACAAAGGCUGAAGUUCAUGAAAGGGCUGAAGGAAUUAAAAGGGAAUAUAAUGAGCUUGACACUGUCUGGUUUAUGGCUGGGUCCCUAUUUCAGCAAUACCCAUACGAUAUUCCUACUGAAGCCUUCCCAUUUGAGAUAUUCAAACAAGCUUUUGUUGCAGUUCAGUCUUGUGUAGUGCAUUUGCAGAAAGUUAGUUUGGCUCAGAGGUUUGCUUUGGUACCUCUUGGACCCCCAUUGUUAGCUUACAAAAGCAACUGCAAGGCAAUGUUGACAGCUACUGAUGAUGCGGUUCAACUAGUGGUUGAUCGGCCAUAUAAGGCAGGGGAAUCUAUUGCUGUUUGGUGUGGGCCACAGCCUAAUUCAAAAUUGCUUAUAAAUUACGGUUUUGUUGACGAAGAUAAUUCUUAUGACCGUUUGAUGGUUGAGGCAGCUUUGAAUACUGAGGAUCCACAAUAUCAAGAUAAAAGAAUGGUUGCUCAGAGAAAUGGAAAAUUAUCAGUACAAGCUUUUCAGGUAUAUGUCGGGAAGGAAAAGGAAACUGUCUCGGAUAUGCUUCCCUAUCUGCGACUAGGCUAUGUUUCAGAUCCUUCGGAGAUGCAGUCUGUUAUCUCUUCUCAAGGUCCAAUUUGUCCAGUUAGUCCCUGCAUGGAAAGUGCAGUUUUGGACCAACUUGCUCAAUAUUUUAGAAGUCGGCUGGCUGGCUAUCCAACUACUCUGAGUGAAGAUGAGUCUUUGUUGGCGGAUCCUAAUUUGAAUCCAAAGAAGCGAGUUGCUACACAGCUUGUUAGGUCAGAAAAGAAAAUACUACAUGCAUGCCUGCAGGUGACUCUUGAUUUUAUAAAUCAGUUACCCGAUCUCAGUGUAACUCCAUGCCCUGCCCCUUACGCCCCUUCGUUGAGAUAAAAGGUAGAUCUAAGAAAUGGAAAAUGCAUAGGCAAUUGAGGAUUACGGAAAGAUGUGUCACUGGCUCUAGUUGCAUCAGAGAGAGGACAAUAAGGCAUUUUCAGUUCAAUAACCUAUGAAUCCCUUUCUACUGGGUUAUCAGCAUGUGAUAUGACCCCUCACUCCCCUAUAUUUCCCCCAUUUUUUUCCCUUUCUACUGGUGCGGUUCUGUUCCAUGGGGGGCCAAUAGUAGUUAUGGCGUUAUGCUUUGUAAAGUUCAAAAGAAAAAAAUGAAGAAUCAGUAUGAAGGAAGAAUGUUGUGCAAUUUUGGUAGCUGAUGGAAUUGUGGUCUUUCUUUGUAAAUGAAAAUUAGAUUGGCCAUUCUAGGUUCUAGAUCAAAUUGUUCACUGUUGAAUGUACUCUACUUCGCUAGUGGUUUUGAAAUGUUUCCUGCUCUU